AUGCAAGAUGGAAAGGUGUCAUCAGACCACAAACUCCGGGGAAUCUUAGAACUCGGCCUUGACUCAUGUAAACUUCAGAGGCGGUGUUGGCCUUGUUCUCCGCUUUUGUGUUUUUCUUUUUGCAGAUGCCGCCCUGCUCUCAUCAGCCUCUGGUCCGCCAUCUCCUUGAAUCCUAACACCAUACCUUCAAUUAAGUUGCAGAGUUGUGAUGGAGAGAUAUUUGAAGUUGAUGUUGAAAUUGUGAAACAAUCUGUGACUAUUAAGACCACGUUGGAAGAUUUGGGAAUGGAUGACGAAGGAGAUGAUGAUCCAGUCCCCUUGCCAAAUGUUAAUGCAGCAAUAUUAAAAAAGGUCAUUCAGUGGUGCACCCUCCACAAGGAUGAUCCUCCUCCUCCUGAGGAUGAUGAGAGCAAAGAAAAUCGAACAGAUGAUAUCCCUGUUUGGGCUCAAGAAUUCCUGAAAGUUGACCAAGGAACACUUUUUGAGCUUAUACUGGCAGCAAACUACUUAGACAUCAAAGGUUUGCUUGAUGUUACCUGUAAGACUGUUGCCAAUAUGAUCAAGGGGGAAAUUCCUAAGGAGAUUCAAAAGACAUUCAGUAUCAAAAAUGAU